AUGGCCCAACCAUGGUCCUUGGAAGCACUUCUUCUCAGGCUGCAUGUAGUCAGGGCGCCACGAGACUAUCGCUUCGUGGAGUUCUUCGCUGGUGAUUCCAAUGUCUCGUAUGCACUACGGCUGGUCAAGCAUGAAGGCUCCUCCGGGGCAGUGCCACCGAUUCUGGCAGAGCUGGGGUCAUUAGCCUAUCUACUUUCAGGUGAGUACACAUCGUACACAUCGACCGCGAUGUUCUGUAGUGUCCUUGCAAAGGGUGAAUUGGACGAUGAUGAUGCAGCAGCGCGAGCGGCAGCUUGCAAACGGCAGGCUGUCGAUGGAGAGCUUGCUGGCCUGCCAGAGAUGCCGAGCCGGGUUUCUCGUAAUCUCACUGAUGACUUUGAUCUAGCCGAGACAGAGAAAGCUGUUCUGCGAGAUGCUGAUGAUGCCAUCCGAGAUGGUCUAUCAAGUGCAGGUGUGCUUGAGCAUAAUCGCAGGCCUGCUUUUGUUACUGCACCGGCCCUCUUGCCAUCGGAGACUGGUCUGAGCAAGCAAGAGUUGCAGCAGCAGAGAGAGAUCGAGAAACGACGAAUGCAAGAGAUCCAGCUAGAAAAAACACGUUUCGAAGAAGAGAGACGUCAGAGGCUGGAUCAGCUUGAGCAGGAAAGGCUUGAGCUUCAGAGGCGGGAAACCCGACGCCUCGAAGAAGAGCGACUUCAGAAGGAGCUUCAGAAGGAGCAGCAAGAACGUCAACGGCUUGAACAGGAGCGACUUCAGAAGGAGAGGCUUCAGAAGGAGCAGCAAGAACGGGAACAGCUUGAACAGGAGCGACUUCAGAAGGAGAGGCUUGACAAGGAGCAUCGUGAACGUGAGCAGCUUCAACAGGAGCGACUUCAGAAGGAGAGGCUUCACAAGGACGAUCGGCUUGGGCAGCAAGCUGAGGUCAACAAUUUGCAAAAGGACAUCUUUGUGGAAGCCUUUGGGCUGCUAAGUGCUGCUAAGGUGGCCAAUGCCAUGUGUUGGGCUCAGAAGAUCACUACUGAUUCCACUGCUUUUCAGGGCGACUCGCCUCCUCAUGAUUUCGAGUCCUUCAAGUCUGCUUGCAAGACUGCAAUGAAACAGCAUGUGCAAGCUUUCCUGUCCACAACAGACACUCAGCUUGAUGAUGUGGGCACUCCCAUGGAAGCCAAAGCACGCCACGAGGAAUCCAAGCAAGUCCAGGAAGGGGAGGCUUUGAGGGAGAGCCAGGAGCAUGCAAAGGCGUUGGGGACAAUGCAGCAGAUGCAGCUGGAGGAGGAUCGUGACAUGAAGGAGAUGGAGCUUCUCAAAGCUCGGAUUGCAGAAAGGAAGAAACAACAAAGUGAGCAAGCCAAACUUCUCUUGCGCGCCAAAUCAUCGGGCAGCCUCGGGUCUGAGACAGCGGUGGCUUCCCCCUCGACCACAGCAGCUUCCUCGCCUUCCCAAGUCCUUGCACAGUCGAAGUUGGCUUUGCUUCAUGAGUCAGCCAAUGCCAGAGACCUCCCGGGCAAGCCUGUUGUGCCUAUGGUGGGGCAGCCCGCCGGUGGAGAUGAGGAGAAGGAUCACUGCAGUUGUUAG